UAGCUGGCUGAAGGUUGUCUUUGGACUUGCGCCGACGAAAUGAAUACUGACAGUGCCCGAACGAGAUAAUGACAACUGCCUGGUAGUGAAAUUAAUGACCAAGUUUGCUGUUAACCUUCUGUUUUGCUCAAAACUGCCACAGAGCCUGCAUCUUCGAAGGUCGUAAGUCAUGGACCAGGAGUACGAGCGGCGCCUGACCCGUACGCCGAACCGGCCGUCGCUGGCCUCGCCGGCCAAGCUAACCAGCCCGGCCGCCUCGCCGGUCAAGUCGCCGACCAGCUCGCCGCACAAGGAGCGCUACGGCGACCGCUUCAUCCCGGCGCGCGCGGGCGCCCGCUGGCACAUCAACUUCAACAACGUCCAGGAAAACGCCCGAUCCAUUUAUGCGGCGCGAAAGGCGCGUGACAACGAGUCGGGCAAAGAUGGCCUCGCUUACACCUGCCUGCUGAAGAAUGAACUGCUGGACGCGGGCAUCGACGACUUGCGCCUGCAGGAGGACGACAGCAGCCGGCGCGUGCUCUCGCCCGCCCAGUCGCAGAACAUGUUCCACUACCGGUCCCGCCGGACGCAGCUCUGCGAGCCCUGCUCGCCCUACUCGCUCUCGCCGGUCAGCAGCCCCAGCCAGGCCCUGCUGCGCUCACCGCGCAAGGCCGUCCGCAAAAUCUCCAAGGCACCGUUUAAGGUGCUGGACGCGCCGGACCUACAGGACGACUUCUACCUGAACCUGGUGGACUGGUCGGCGCUGAACGUGGUGUGUGUCGGUCUGAACCACUGCGUGUACCUGUGGUCGGCCCACACCUCCCAGGUGACCCGGCUCUGCGACCUGGCCGUCGAUGGCGACUCGGUCACCUCCGUCUCCUGGAACGAACGGGGUAACCUGGUGUCGGUGGGCACCAACAAGGGCUACGUCCAGGUGUGGGACGUGUCGCAGGCCAAGCGGCUGAACCAGCUGGCCGGGCACACGGCGCGCGUGGGCGCGCUGGCUUGGAACGGCGACACGCUGUGCUCGGGCAGCCGGGACCGGGUCAUCCUGCAGCGGGACGUGCGUCUGCCCAGCGCCGUGCCGGAGCGCAAGAUGACCGGUCACCGCCAGGAGGUGUGCGGCCUGAAGUGGUCUCCUGACAACCAGUGCCUGGCCUCCGGAGGCAACGAUAACAAGCUGUACGUGUGGAACAUGCACUCGACUACCCCGGUGCAGACCUACACGGACCACGUCGCCGCCGUCAAAGCUAUCGCCUGGUCGCCUCAUCAGCACGGCCUACUGGCCAGCGGCGGCGGCACGGCCGACAAGUGCAUCCGCUUCUGGAACACGCUCACAGAGCAGUCCAUGCAGUGUGUGGACACCGGCUCGCAGGUGUGCAACCUGUCGUGGUCCAAGCACGCCUCCGAGCUGGUGAGCACGCACGGCUACUCCCAGAACCAGAUCCUGGUGUGGAAGUACCCGGGCCUGAGCCAGGUGGCCAAGCUGACCGGCCACACGUACCGCGUGCUGUACCUGGCCAUGUCGCCGGACGGCGAGGCCAUCGUCACAGGCGCCGGCGACGAGACGCUCCGCUUCUGGAACAUUUUCAGCAAGGCGCGCAGCCAGAAGGAAUCCAAGUCGGCGCUGAACCUGUUUACCAGCAUCCGGUGAUGACCUCCGGCGCUCGGCCAAGCGGCGCCCGGCCCACGCGCUAUUUAUACCAAAGCCUAUUGCGACGAAAGAACCUAUUUUUGACUGUUUUGCAUUCUGGAACAAUCACAUUGUGUUUAUUUAUGUUCGUUUGCGUGGGGGCGUUGGUGUGCGUUCGAGAAGUGUUUGUUUCGUUAGCCGAGUACUGUAGCUUUAGUUAGCCGGCGGUACGGGCGGAGCGCCGCUAUCGACUCCCGGCGAGAUCUGGCCCGGCACUGGCGGACGGCUGCGGCCGCGGCGCCCCGCCCCUCUCGACCCUGUGCUGGAUCGCACCGUCAGGCGGCGCGUGAGCCGAACGCAGCAGGCGCGGGC